GGGCUGAUGGGGCGCUACGAGGGUCUGGCGUCGGGGGUCGGGGUGCCUCCGUGGGGCUGGCGGCUCUGCCUGGCCCACCAGUUCGGCGAGCGGAGGAAGCCCUACCAGGCCGGCGACGUCUCCGCCUCCGACGCCUUCAGGCACCUCGGCCUGGCCCUGCGGUACUUCAGGUGGUGGUACCGCAAGACGCGCGUGGAGAAGAGGCGCCCCGUCAUCGACCUCUUCAACCCGCAGCCGCUGCGCCAGAUCUACGGCUGCCCGCUGGGGGGCUUUGGAGGAGGAACCAUCACGCGAGGGUGGCGGGGGGACUUCUGCCGCUGGCAGUUGAACCCGGGACUCUACCACUACAAGGCGGUGGCUGCUGACCAGUUCACCGUCUGCCUGCGUCGGAAGGGCCAGACCGUCUACCAGCAGGUGCUGUCGGUGGAGCGCCCAAGCAGCCUGCAGGGCUGGAACUGGGGCUUCUGCGCCCACUACGCCUUCUACCACGGCCUCUACCCGCGGGCCUGGACCGUCUACCAGCUGCCUGGGCAGGACGUGGUGCUGACUUGCCGGCAGGUAGCCCCCAUCAUCCCCCAUGACUACCAGGAUACCAGCUUGCCCGUGGGGGCCUUUGUCUGGGAGGUGGAGAACAAUGGCAGCCAGGACCUGGACGUCUCCCUCAUGUUCACCUUCCGGAACGGCAUGGAGACCAAAGAGGACCGUGCGGGCGGCCACUGGAACGAGCCCUUCGGCCUGGAGAGAGACGGCCACUGCGUCCGGGGCGUGAUGCUGCACCACUGCCUCCCGGUCAACUCCUACACGCUGGCCAUCUCCGCCCGGGAGAAGGUAGGCACCACAGUUACCCACUUGACAACGUUUGACCCUGCCGGCACUGGGCAGGACGUUUGGCAUGACCUCCUGGCAGAUGGCAAGCUGGAAUCCCCGCCAGGGAAGAGCAAGCCUACAGAGAAGGGGGAGGCUUGUGCGGCCGCCGUGUGUGCCAGCUGCACGGUGCCAGCCCAUGGGCAAGGGACGCUGGAGUUUGGCCUGGCCUGGGAUAUGCCGCGUAUUCACUUUGGGUCCAAGGAGCGGGAGCACCAGAGGCGAUACACCCGGUUCUUCGGCAGCGAUGGGGACGCCUGCCCUGCCCUCUCCCACCACCUGCUCACGCACUACGAAGGGUGGGAGGAGAAGAUCGAGGCCUGGCAGAGACCCAUCUUGGAGGACAGCGAGCUGCCUGCUUGGUACAAGUCAGCCCUCUUCAACGAGCUGUAUUUCCUGGCUGACGGAGGGACCGUCUGGCUGCAGCUCCUGCCAGAGGACGCUGCCUCCCUGGCCGCCAAGCCCGGCCUCCUCUCCCAGCACCUCCCGCUCCUGCAAGAGUAUGGCAGAUUUGCUUACUUGGAAGGCCAGGAGUACCGGAUGUACAACACCUAUGACGUCCACUUCUACGCCUCCUUUGCCCUCGCCAUGCUGUGGCCCAAGUUGGAGCUCAGCCUGGAGUACGACGUGGCUUCUGCCGUGGUGAAUGAGGACCCUCGGCCUCGGGUGUACCUGAUGAGCGGGCAGACGGCCCAGGUCAAGCUGUGCAACGUGGUGCCUCACGACAUCGGGGACCCAGAGGACGAGCCGUGGCAGCGCGUCAACGCCUACCUCAUCCACGACACGGCCUCCUGGAAGGACCUGAACCUGAAGUUUGUGCUCCAGGUCUUUCGGAACUACCGCCUCAUGCAAGACUCCGCCUACCUGCAGGACAUGUGGCCCGUCUGCCUGGCGGUGAUGGAGUCGGAGCUCAAGUUUGACACAGACGGGGACGGGCUGAUUGAGAACUCCGGCUUUGCCGACCAGACCUACGACGCCUGGGUGGUGACAGGCGCCAGUGCCUACUGCGGGGGCCUGUGGCUGGCAGCCGUCUGUGUGAUGUGUCAGAUGGCCGAGGUCUUGGGGGCGGGUGAAGUCCGGCAGAAGUACAGCGCCAUCCUGACCAAGGGCACGGAGGCCUUUGAGCGGCUGCUCUGGAACGGGAAAUACUACAACUACGACAGCAGCCGGAGGGCCUCGCCCAGCAGCAUCAUGGUGUCGGACCAGCUGGCCGGGCAGUGGUUCCUCCGGGCGUGCGGCCUGGGUGAGGGGGCCUCCGAGGUGUUCCCUCAGAGCCAUGUGCAGAGUGCUCUGAAGACCAUCUUUGAGAUGAACGUGAUGGGCUUCUCGCAGGGGACGAUGGGAGCGGUGAACGGCAUGCGCCCCUCCGGGGUGCCGGACACCUCCAGCCUGCAGGCCGACGAAGUGUGGGUCGGGGUGGUGUACGCGCUGGCUGCCACCAUGAUCCAGGAGGGCCUGGUGGAGGAGGGCUUCCGCACGGCCGAGGGCUGCUACCGCACCGUGUGGGAGCGGCUGGGCAUGGCCUUCCAGACGCCCGAGGCCUUCUGCCAGAAGAGGGUCUUCCGCUCCCUGGCCUACAUGCGCCCCCUCAGCAUCUGGAGCAUGCAGCUGGCCUGGGAGCACAGGGCGGCGGCGGCACGGGCGGGGCCGGCUCCCUCCUGAGGGGAUCAGCAGCCGCCUUGGCACGCUCUUGGGGGGGGGGGUGCCUGGAGCACAGCAGCCGGGAAAGCGGCUGGAGGCCCCGAGCCAAGAGGAGCCCCCUCCCUCCCUCCCUCCCUCCCUCCGACCAC